AUGAGCAGCUCAGAGGAGGUAUCAUGGAUUUCGUGGUUUUGUGGAUUGCGAGGAAACGAAUUUUUCUGCGAGGUUGAUGAAGAUUAUAUUCAAGACAAAUUCAAUCUUACAGGGCUAAAUGAACAAGUGCCACAUUAUAGACAAGCUUUAGAUAUGAUUUUAGAUUUGGAACCAGAUGAUGAAUUAGAUGAUAACCCUAACCAAUCUGACCUAAUUGAACAAGCUGCAGAGAUGUUGUAUGGUUUAAUUCAUGCUAGAUAUAUAUUAACAAAUAGGGGUAUUGCCCAAAUGAUAGAAAAAUAUCAGUCCGGAGAUUUUGGUUAUUGUCCCAGAGUUUACUGUGAAUCACAGCAAAUGUUACCUUUAGGCUUAUCUGAUGUCCCAGGUGAAGCAAUGGUAAAGUCAUACUGUCCUAAAUGUAUGGAUGUAUAUACACCAAAAUCAUCGAGACAUCACCAUACAGAUGGCGCCUAUUUUGGCACUGGCUUUCCCCAUAUGUUGUUUAUGGUACAUCCUGAAUAUAGACCCAAACGUCCUACAAAUCAAUUUGUUCCUAGGUUAUUUGGCUUCAAAAUACAUCCCCUAGCAUAUCAGCUUCAGCAACAAGCUGCCUCAACAUUCAAGACCCCCUUGAGGACGAUUAAUUUCAACAAUGGCAAACGCUAA